AUGCCGGGCUCGGUAAAUAAAUCGAAGCGUACCGAAUCACUCAUCUCGCGGACGGCGUUUGGCUCGUGCAUGGCAUUUAACAAACGGGAACCAAGCAUUUACGUAGUUGGGACGGAGGACGGGCCAAUCCACAAAUGCUCUUGCUCCUACAACGAACAGUAUCUGGACACAUUCCUCGGUCACACG